UCAGAUUGCUUGCUUACCUAAUGUAUAUGUCAGUGUUAUCUACUGGGUCGAGGUAUGCCUUGCUACAGAGCAGUGCGCAGGGCGUGGGAGGGGUGGACAUAUUGGUGAAGAGAAGGGAGUCAAAAAAAACACGGCCUAGAGGGAUGGCGGAUCCUGAACAUAAGGAUGAGGAGGGCGCACCUCGCUCACAUCCCCAACAGAAGGACGAUGACGAAACAUACAACCCACAUAUCCAGGAAAAGGGCGACAAUAGCUCUCUUCUCUCCCAAUCCCCACAGAAGGAAGUUGAGGAUACCUGUCUCCCACAUCCCCAGAAGACAGAAGAAGAUAAGACGUCUCACCCACGUCCCCAGCAAACGUACGUCAAGGGCACGGUCAAAUAUCAACCCAUCGGGAUAAAGAAAGCCUCGAGUGACCCAAACCGGCGCAGGUGGAAUAUAUGGCUCUCCACUGCUUCACACGCGACUCCAUCACGAGCAGACAUAGACCUCUUCUACGCCAGCUGGGUCGGGGACCUGAUGAAGGUGAAGCGGCUCCUGACUACACCGGGAGUCGUCAUCAACUGUAGAGUGGGAUGGGGGAGCAGGACAUCGGUGAUGUGGGCAGCACGGGGGGGACACACAGAGGUGGUGGAGCUCCUGGUGAAGGAAGGAGCUAAUGUGUCACUGGUGGACAAGUACGGUAACAACAUCCUUCACCUCGCCUUUCGGGGAGGAAACAUGGAGACGGUGGAGUUGGUGCUGUCACUGAACGUGGUGGACAUCGACGCCAGGAACAAGCUGGGGGAGACAGUGGCUGACCUGGCGAGACUCGGGGGACGUCAACGACUGGCGGAUCUCCUGGUGUCCCGUGGCGUUCAGUGACGUCAGUGUUGUGUUUGUGUAGACGGUGGAGGGGGACAUGAUGUUACAGACAUUGACGUGGUGUACCGUGCACGUCGUCGUGUUUUAUAUUCCCGGAUUUGGUGAGAAUGUUUGUUGUGUUUGAGGAGAAAUAAAACUUGUUAAAAAUA